GGUAGCGGUCGGUGCUGAAAAUCGGAGCUCUGUGGAAAAGUGCUGCCGCCCGAUAGCCCAUAUGGAGGCCCGGCUCCUAUUUGGGGCGCUGCUGUGCGCCUGGCUCUCGCCGGCCCUGUCUCCGUGGGGCGCCCGGGCGCAGCUCCCUGCUGGCGGAGACCUACCGCUCCCCAGCCAAGGCAGUGCCGCGGGACCUCGGAGCGCGGGAGGCUAUGCCGUGGAGAUGCAGGCAUCUGAGAUGGCAGUUCCUAAUGCUUCAUCUACUACGAUAUCCUUAUCUCAAACCAGGAGAUUUCACAGUAUGAAAUGUGGACCAUCUAAUUUGUUGCCUUGUUUUAAUGGUGGAGAGUGUGACUACAGAGAGCUGUGCAGCUGCAGUCGAUUUAAUGCAACUGGACCAAGAUGCCAGACAGUGUAUAAUACAGGUGCUGAAAGAGAUCAUAUAUGCAGAACAUGGGGUCAAUACAAUUUUGAAACUUUUGAUGGACUCUAUUAUUAUUUUUCUGGGAAAUCCACAUAUGCACUUGUGAGACACACUGAGCUGGAUGAGCAGAGUUUUUCCAUACAGGUGAAUAAUGAUCCCGAGUGCCAUUCUUCUCCUUACUCCUGCAAAAGAUCGAUUAGUUUAUUUUUUUCUGGAGAUGAACAGAUAAAGAUGAGCAGUGAAGUCACCUAUAAAGGCUUUAGAGUACAGUUACCUUCUAUUAUUGGAAACUUACACAUCCAGAAGCUAGCUGGAUACUUCCUAGUCAGGCAUCAGUAUGCCUUUACUCUGGCUUGGGAUGGUGUGUCUGCAGUGUAUAUCAAAAUGGCACCCGAGUACCUGGGCAAAACACAUGGGCUGUGUGGAAACAAUAAUGCUGUCCUGCAGGAUGAUCUUGAAACUAGUUAUGGAAAACUGACAGAUGAUGUAACAGAGUUCGUAGAGAGUUGGCAGGAAAAUCUUCCACAAGGAACACACAACUGGGAUAAAUCUGUUCUCAGUGAACCACCCUGCCUGACACAAAGCCAUGAAUCUCUACAGAGGACAUAUGCUCUGUGUAAUAUCCUGUUACAUCCUCCUUUUGAACAAUGUCAUGAGUAUGUGAGUCCUCUUCCUUUUAUGGCAAGCUGCACCAAUGAUCUUUGCAUGUCAGCAGUUGAUAAUGCAACUUGGUGUCGAGCAUUAACUGAAUAUGCCAGAGCAUGUGCCCAAGCAGGAAAACCACUUCAUGGAUGGCGAAUGCACUUCCAGCAGUGUGUGAUUACAUGUCCUGAACCACUGACCUACAAUGAAUGCAUCAACUGUUGCCCUGUUUCAUGUCGUCAGCAAUCACAGUGCAUUGACAGUGAGCUUCCCUGCAUUGAUGGAUGCUACUGUCCAGAUGGGUUAAUUUAUGAAAAUGAAUUGUGUGUCAAACCUAUGGACUGUCCUUGUGACUACCAUGGAAGUUCCUUUGAAAUGGGUUCAGUAGUGUAUGAGGAGUGUAAUAACUGCACUUGUAUGGGAGGAAAGUGGAUUUGUACAAAUCUUACAUGUCCAGCUGAAUGCUCAGUUUCAGGAGACAUUCAUUUCAUGACCUUUGAUGGGCGCAAAUACACUUUCCAAGCUACUUGCCAAUAUAUUCUUGCAAAAAGCCGUAUUUCUGGAGCAUUUACUGUAUCCUUGCAAAAUGCUCCUUGUGGGCAGAACCAGGAUGGAUCAUGUAUCCAAUCAAUCAGCCUUAUUCUUAAGCAGGACCCCAAGAGGCAAGUGACUCUGACUCAUUCGGGAGAUGUUCUGGUAUAUGACCAAUAUAAAAUUAACCUGCCUUAUGCAGAUGAGUUAUUUGAAAUACGGAAACUCUCCUCUGUAUUUCUUCAAGUAAAGACACACAUUGGGUUACAGAUACUCUAUGACAGAAAAGGACUGAGGCUUUAUCUUCAAGCUGAUGGACGGUGGAAAGAUGAUACUGUGGGCCUUUGUGGAACCUUCAAUGGAAAUAUGGAAGAUGAUUUUUUAUCUCCAGUUGGAGUAACUGAAAGCACUCCAGAGCUGUUUGGAAACACAUGGAAAACCUCAUCGGCAUGCGUUCUUGUGCAUGAUAGUUCACAAAUGGAUCCAUGUGAUGUUCAUCUGCAGGCAGCCUCUUAUGCAGCAGAAGCCUGUAGCAUCCUUACAAAAGAACUUUUUGCUCCAUGCUACCCCUAUUUGAGUCCUGUUGCCUAUUUUGAGCAGUGCAGAAGAGACACUUGCAAAUGUGGACAGACUUGCUUUUGCUCUGCUCUGGCCCAUUAUGCUCAUCAUUGCCGAAGAUUUGGAGUUGUAAUAGAUUUCAGAGAAAGUGUUCCAGACUGUGCUCUUUCAUGUGAAGAUACAAAGGAGUACAGUACUUGUGUAUCUACCUGCGGCAGAACCUGCCAAGCACUGUCUGUGCCAGAGACAUGCAGUGGUGAUUGUGUUGAAGGCUGUGCUUGUCCCUCUGGAACAUAUUUGAAUUCCAAGACUGAACGAUGUGUACAGAGAACUGAAUGCCCCUGUUAUUUUCAAGGAAUUGACUAUCCCCCUGGAGAAAAUGUUAUGACAUCUUUGGGCAAAUGCCAUUGCAGGGAUGGAGUAAUGAAUUGUGAUAACAACAUCAUAGCACACAGCUGCCCUGCUGGACAGAUUUAUAUUAACUGCAGUAAUUCCCAAAUCGAUCCGGUACUCAGCAGAGAGCGAACUUGUGAGAAUCAGCUACUAAACCUUACUUUCCCAGGACACCUUCCUUGUGUUUCAGGCUGUGUCUGCCCACCUGGCCUUGUUAAACAUGGGGAUGUGUGCUUAGAUGCGGAUGAGUGUCCAUGUUCAUGGAAAGGAAAGGAAUACUUUCCAGGUGACAAAGUAAUUUCUUCCUGUCAUACAUGCAUUUGCCAGCAUGGAACAUUUCAAUGCUCCUUCCAUCCUUGCCCAUCAAUGUGUACUGCAUAUGGGGAUCGGCAUUACAGAACGUUUGAUGGACUCACAUUUGACUUUGUUGGAACUUGUAAGGUUUACCUGGUUAAGGGUACUUCAAUCAGUUUUUCUGUUGUUAUAGAGAAUAUUAACUGCUUUAAUACUGGAAUCAUAUGCAGAAAAAACCUUUUCAUUAAUGUUGGAAAAUCUUCUUUAAUAUUUGAUGAUGAAACUGGAAAUCUAAGCUUGUCUAGUUACAUAGAUGAACUACAAAAGAUACUGUUCUGGAAAGCUGGAUUUUUCACUGUUAUUCAUUUUCCCAGUGAGCACAUCACCAUUCUUUGGGAUCAGAGAACAACAGUUCAUGUACAGAUUGGUCAUCAGUGGCAGGGUAAAUUGACUGGAUUAUGUGGAAAUUUUGAUUUGAAGACAGUAAAUGAAUUCCGGACACCAGAUAAUUUUGAAUUAACAAACUCACAAGAGUUUGGAAGCAGUUGGACAGCCGUAGAGUGUGUUGACAGCUCUGACAUUCGAAAUCCAUGCAGUAUGAAUCCUCUUAGAGAGCCAUUUGCCAAGAAGGAAUGUGGAAUAUUGUUAAGUGAAGCAUUUGAAGCUUGCCAUCCAGUGAUUGACGUCACCUGGUUUUACUCAAAUUGCUUGACAGAUACAUGUGGUUGUAACCAAGGAGGUGACUGUGAGUGUUUCUGUACAAGUGUAUCAGCAUAUGCCCAUCAGUGCUGCCAGCAUGGAGUUGCUGUAGACUGGAGGUCCCCUAGAGUGUGUCCUUAUGAUUGUGAAUAUUUCAACAAAGCUCUGGGAAAAGGUCCAUAUAAAGUGGUCAGCUACCUGGAUGAAGAACUUGUAAUGGCAGUGAAACUGGUGGAUGGUGUUGUUUUUCCAGUGAGAAAAGAAGAUAUUGUUCCUGGACAUGCAGUGAGCUUUAUGCUCACUUCAGGACUUUAUAAACCCAAAGCACAUGAUUCCAGCUUGAUUUCAUUUGAAACAGCUGAGAGACCAAAUUAUUUUCUUCAAUUGGUCCCCAAUAAUACUCUUGUUCUUUCCAAAUGGAAAAAAAAUGAAGAGUUUCACAACAGCUCUACAUUUGUCAUUCACAAGAAUACAUGGCUUUCAGGAUACAGUUCCUUUGAGUCAUUUGCAAAACCAGGAUACUUCAUCCACAUUUCAGCCUCUUCAGUUGAGCUUUUGAAGUACCAUCAUUCAGAGGAGUUCAGACAGUCAACUCUUUUUAAACUUGUGGAUGUCAAAUUUAAAUUUCUGUCCCGUUCUACAUGUGAAUGGCAUUAUGAUGCCUGUACCAGCCCCUGCUUCAAGACAUGUAGGGACCCUUUGGGAAAAAACUGUCAGGGAGUACCUAAAGUGGAAGGAUGCAUCCCUGCCUGUCCUCUCAAUAUGUUACUGGAUGAAAUCACUCAAAGAUGCGUGUAUUUUGAAGACUGUAUUGAACCUGCAGAUGAUGGUCCAGCUUUGUCACCUAGCAUUCAAACACCAGCAGUUUCCCACACAGCAGCAAGUACAAGUUUGGCAGUGAUUGGCCAAGCGGUAACUUCAUCUCCUGUACCUGAAGCAGUGGACAUGGAAACAACACUUGUUUCAGAAUUGCAGCUCACUGCAACUGUAGGGAAAACUGAAUUUCCACAUGUUACGUCUAACACAACACUUCCAGCUGUAACUUUAUCAUCAAAUAUUUCUUCACAGUCAACAGAAAGGACAUCUGAGAGAAGCACUAUGCCAGCAUCCAGGACAACAAAAUCUAAUGUAAGCUUGUCUUCUCCUGUUGGCAUUUCAUUGUUUCCAUAUACUGUCAGUUCAGAAACUUCCACAAAGAUGAAACUGAUGAGUGGUGCUUCCACUAAAAUAUUGAGAGCUACAGAACCUCUGACAGUUACUGCUACACAUGCAGUGACUACAAGCACAGAAUCAGAAACCAAAUCAAUUGCUAGUUUUAUUUUUACUGGGACACCACUUAUAGUUAGGACAACAGAAAUACCAAUCAAAACUAAAAUAAUGGAAAUAGCAGAAAUAGACACAAGAACGUUUCCCACAAAAGAAGCUCAAGUAAAACCAGAAGGACUUACAAUGUUUACAACCAGUUCAUCUGAAUUAAUAACAGAAAAAACUACUGCUUAUCUGCCCCAAUUUUCCACAUCAACACCUCUGAGCAUGCCUUCAUACACAUCAUCAUUAAGCCUAACAGGAACUUCAGAAGGGAUAAAAACAACUGCACCACCUAUUCCACUUGCAAAGGCAAUUACAGAACCUCCUGUUGAAAUGGCUCAACCCCUGACUGGUACUCCAGAAGAACCUUUCACUACAACUCUAGGUCCAAAACCAACAACUAUGCCAGCUCAAGAGAGAUUAUCAGAGACAACUUUGUUAUCAUUUGUAACUCAUAGAGAGAAAGCUCCCAAAACAACAUCUCAUGUGGAGCAUGCACCAAGUUCCUAUUUCUCUCCAUAUUCACUGCAUCCUAGUUCUACAGCUGAAAAACCUAUCACUCUUCCUACAAAAAGACCUUCAGUGUCUGGUCCUACUCCUGCUUCUCCAGCUUCAGGUGAAUUUAAAAAAACAUUUAAAACUGUUUCAACUACAGCAUAUCCCUCACACACAGUUCUAAACGCAACAGAGGUUCUGACUACAUCAUACACUAAAUAUCCUGUUGUGGCUGAGACUAUCAGUGUGACACCUUUGUCUGUUGAGGUAACACACAAAAUAACAUCCCCUUUUGAAUUAGCAGCAAAGCCAACUUUGUUUUCUGGAAACACAUCUACCAAACACAAGUCAGCUCUGGUUUUGAGUACAGUGAAGACAAGUAUGUCAGCAUACUCAGGUAGUGUUACUACACCAGCAAUGAAAACCACUAGCUCAUCAAAAGAAACCACUACAGUUCCUUUUGGAACCACAGAAAAAGAAUCACUACAAAAAAAACCUGUCACUGGAUCUCCAGUCACUCUUAGUACAACUGAAAACACAUUAUUGACGACACAGCCUGAUAAAUCACAAGUGGAAAAAACUACUAGCAUCUCUACUAGAAAGCCACCUGCUUUCCCUUUUUCACCAUCAAGUUCUCUAAUCUCUUUAAACACUUCUCUUCCUUCACUGCCUUCAUAUGGGAAAGAAGCAUCACUGACAGCGCUCAGUCCUGUGCACACAUCCCAUGAUGCCAAAGAAAAAUCAACUCUGUCCCCUUCAGUUGUACUUCCAGUAACAAAGUCUUACACUUUCUCCACCUCCCACCAUAUAGCAGAUAAAUCCAUUUCUUCACCACCUGUAACAGAAAUCACACCAAAAUACCCAGUAGAAACUAAGAUAGUUUCUACAACAUUGAAAUCUACAGUCCAAAGUAUAACAGAUACAGUCAAAUUUACAGCAGAUACAGGUCAGCCAUCCUUUCCUCCAUCUUCUGUAGUCCCCUUCUCGUGGCAGACCUCUUCAGGAGAUAAACUUUCAGUAGAGACCACAAAGACUGUGGCUGUACCACAUUUUUCUACUCAGAAGGCAAUGGAACUUGGUCAUCAGACUUCUGAGCCUUUGUUGAUAAGCCAAAGCAUUACCCCAAUUUACCCAUAUCCUGCAGAAGCUUUAACAAAAUCCACUGGACAGCCAAAACAUGUCUUUAGCACAACUGAAGCUACAGUGGAAUUGACUUCUUUUCACCCCCUAGUCACGUCACUACCUGAAGGCAUUCAUUCAAGUAUAUUACCUGUCUCAAUAGGCCCUACACAAGUCAUUUUUCCGAGUGAAAAAGAGUUGCAUUUAACUGAUUCAGUCACACAGCCACAUAUAUCAAGGACUUCUGUUUUGCAGUCUACACUGCCAGCUAGAACAUCAGCUGACUUGAUAUCUGGUGGCACAAUUCUCCCUUCCUCUUCUUUAGCAACAAUUAAAAAAGAAGUAGUUCCCUCAUUUUCCACACAAAAGGCAGGUACUGGUCUGAAAUUCACACAGCAGGUCUCAUUUACUAAAUCACUUGAUUCAAGUCAGACAUUUGAAAGGGCUACAGCUUCACCAGGAUCUCUCUCAACCUUUUCGUCAGUUUUGUUACUAGAAACAACAGAAAAUCCUACUGUGAUGGGGAGUGGGCAUUCCAUGUCAACAAGCAAAAGUGGUACUGAUAAACCUGUGGUGUUGCCUAAGCAAAUCACACUUUCAACCACUGCCUACAGUUCCAUGUUUGUAACAAGUAAGAUGUCAUCAGCUACAGCCCAUUCAUCAGCUGCAGUUCCAACCUCUUCAAUGAUAAGGAGCACUGGGCAAAAUGUUACCUUGGUAUCAGCAACGUCAGACAAAGAAGCAGCAGUAACAAAAUCUAUCACAAGCUCUGUGAAGCCCACCUAUUUUUCUGUUACUUCAGAAGCAAAAGGAGCUGUGUCCCUUGAUACAGUAAAAUCUGAGGGGCCAGAAUUAACCACAGAAGUCCAAGUUGUCCAUACUCAGGGUGCUACUGGUACCCCAGAAACACUCCAGACAUUUUACUCUCCAUAUUUCACAAACACAACUGCAGUUCUUUCUAAUAGAAGUGUAUCAGUAGUGUCCACAAUGCAUUCAUCCUCUGAACAAAAACCUUUUUCUUCUAUAGCUACAUCAUCAGUCAGUACUAUUCAAACUUCAAAACCUGAAAUAUCAUCUAAGGUGCAAAUGCCUUCUUUGAGUUCACUGCUAGUGGUAUCUGACCAUCCAAACGACACAACUACUCCAUCAGUUUCAUCAUUUUCCUCUUUAUCUACCAAACCACUCUAUGGCUUGACGACAACAUUUUCUGAUGGACUGGCAACAGGUGAAGCUGUGUCAGGAGUCACAGCAUCAGCUUUUAUGCUACCUAGAGAAACAGCAGCUCUUCAAACUUGUACACCAAUCACAGAGACUGAGUGCAUAAAGCACAUUUGUUUGGAUGGACAACUGAUACAAGUUAAUAAGUCACAGAACUGCCCAUACAACACAACUCAACCCAGCUGUGGAGUUCUAGGAUUUGCUGCUCAAACAAAUCAUGACCAAUGCUGUCCAAAGUGGGAAUGUGCAUGUCGUUGCACAAUUUUUUCUGAUCUGAGCAUUGUAACCUAUGAUGGAAAUCAUUUGGCUUUAUUCAAAGAAGCAUCCUACAUUGUUAGUCAAACUCAAGAUGAAACUAUAACCAUCCAUGUCCUUGACUGUAGAAUGAGUAAUUCAAACUCAACAUCUUUGUGUCUGGCAAUGUUGAAUCUAACCUAUGCAUCUAACCAAGUUAUUAUCAAUCGUUUAAGUAGAAAAAUAAUGGUAAAUUCAAGAUCUGCUUGGCCUACUGUUAGAAAAUAUGGAUACAAAGUUGAGGAUUCAGGCUUCAAGUAUGCAGUUGAGACACCAACAAAAAUCAGAAUUCAGUGGUUUCACAGCACAGGAGUGAUGAUUAUUGAGUUGAACAGUACCAGAGAACCAAGGGCUUUGGGACUAUGUGGUUUUUGUGAUCAAAGCUUGGAAAACGACCUGAUGCUACCCAACAGGACAGUUUUAAGCAAAGGCAAUGCUCUAUCAACUUUUAUAGAUAGCUGGCAAGUGCCUGACUCAUUGAAGUAUGCUGGAGAAGACAGGAAUCGGGAAACUAAUUGCUCGGUCAUGGACUGCUCAGAGUGCUUAAAAAUGGUGUUGAACCAGACCUUCAGCAGCUGUCAUCCUUAUGUUCCACCUGAGCUAUUCUGUGAUAUGUGGAUUCAAGACACUGAGUACAUUCGAAAUCCAUGCAUUUCUCUGGCUGCCUAUGUGGCAAUGUGCAACAAAUUUAAUAUUUGUAUAGAAUGGAGGAGCCCUGAUUACUGCCCCUUCUCCUGCUCUGAAAAUUUCUCCUACCAGGCUUGUAUAGCUGCCUGUGAAGUUCCAGACACUUGUCAGAAUAAGGAGAUUGCUGCUCUCGAUUCAGACUCCUGCUCGGUAUUGACAGAAGGCUGCAUCUGUUCUGGAGGGACCAUCCUUCAUCGAGCUCAUACUGCUGUCUGUAUUCCUGAAGAAAAAUGUGCUUGUACAGACAGCUCAGGAGCACCUCAUGCAGUAGGUGAGAUCUGGAAAACUUCUUUGAGUGGAUGCUGUAUGCAAAAAUGUGUUGACAGUGAGACCGUUAUUCCAGUGGAGUACAACUGUUCAGAUACCCACAGUUUAGACUGUCAGCGAUUUGCAGAAGUGGCUCUGCUUGUUCCUGAUGAUCAGACUUGUUGUCCUCAGAAGAUCUGUAUUUGUAACCAGAGCCUCUGUGAGUCCCUAAUCCCUCAGUGUAAUGGCUUGGAAAAGCUGGUCACUUACUACAGCGAAGAAUCCUGUUGUCCUAACUACGUUUGUGAAUGCGAUCCAGCAAAGUGCGAACCAAUGCAGCAGAUGCUGGGCUGUCAAGAUGAUCAGAUGCUAAUUGCUGCUCGGGUGGAGAGUACCUGCUGCAUUUCCCAUAUAUGUGCAUGCAGGCCUUGCUCACAUCAGAUACCCAAAUGUCAAGAAGGGGAAGUUCUUAUUGUGGAUGGCAACACUACAGAGAGGUGUUGUCCUACAUACCAGUGUAUUUGUGAAAUACAUCGUUGUCCAGAAUUCAAAUGUAUGCUGGGUAUGUCUUUGGUGGAAGUAUGGAGCCCAGAGAACUGCUGCCCCUUUCGGACAUGUGAAUGUGCGUGUGACACAAUCCCCAAACCUCAGUGCAAGCUGGGGCAGAAACUUCAGAUAGAUGAACAAUUUCAGAACAGUACAGAAAAUACCUGUAACUGUGUUAAGUACAAAUGCGUGAGAGACAAAGUUUGCCUGAGUAAUGAGCGAGGUGUGCUGCUUCCUGGCCAGACAAUCAUGGAACACAGCUCAGAUGGCAUCUGUCGUGUUUCUUACUGUACAGAUGUGAUUGAUCCCUCCACUAAGUACUACCAACUGAACACAUCUUCAAUAGACUGUGCUGUCAAGUGCAAAGCUAACCAAGUCUAUCAGCCUCCAAAAGAUUUGACAACUUGCUGUGGUAGCUGUAAGAAUUUGUCUUGUCUCCACACUUUCAGCAAUGGCACAGUUUCCAGUUUUAAGCCUGGUACUGUUUGGAUUUCGAACUGCAUCAGAUAUGAAUGCACUAACACAACAAUAGGACCGGUUCUGGUUUCCUCUUCAGUUGGCUGCCCUCCUUUUAAUGAAACUGAGUGUGUGAAGGUUGGAGGCUAUGUUGUGCCAUUCCUAGAAGGAUGCUGCAAAACAUGUAAGGAAGAUGGAAAAUUCUGUAAAAAGGUGACUGUCAGGAUGACCAUCCGCAAGAAUGACUGCAGGAGUAACACACCAGUGAACAUUGUUUCAUGUGAUGGAAAGUGUCCUUCGGCAAGCAUUUACAACUACAACAUCAACACGUAUGCAAGAUUCUGCAAAUGCUGCAGGGAGCUCGGGCUACAGAGACGAACUGUGCCAUUGUAUUGCACCAGUAAUUCAACCUGGGUCAGCUACUCAGUUCAAGAGCCCACAGAUUGUUCUUGCCAGUGGUCUUAGACUGUUUAUAGCAUAAGAUAAACUAUUCAAAUUAUCUAUUAAAACUACACAACCCAAUCCACUGAAUUUUGCCAGUUUAAUGCAAGCUGAUAAAAUAGUAAAAAAUGUUUUUGGACUCUUCUAAAUUUCUGAAGAAUGGCUUAGCUUUGUUUGUGUUGUGAUUUGUCUUCAUGUUCAUUCACAGGGACUGUUUAAAGAUUUCUUGUGAUUUGUGCCAACUUCAGGUGAUUUACAUCACAGACACCUCAAGAGAAAGAACACCUAUUUUGUUCUGGAAGGCUUGCCCACUCUUUGUCAGGCACCUAUUCCUUUUUUAAAUCAUUGACCAGCUUGCCCAGCUGCAGCUCCUUGUUUUAAAUGCAUUGCAAUUGCACAAAUACAUUCCAUGUCUAUUAAGAAAAAUGGUUUGGAUAACAUGAGAAUUUUCA